AUGAGUGGGCCGAAAAAGCGGAAAUUAUCAGGAUCAUCGUUUGAAAUAUGGAUUCAGAUCCAUUGUCAGAAUGUUGGAGGCGAGCAGGUGAGCGCCAUCGGCCGGGGCCUCUGUGUGCUGCUGGGCAUCUCCCUGGAGGACUCGCACAAGGAGCUGGAGCACAUGGUCCGAAAGAUACUGAACCUGCGUGUGUUUGAGGAUGAGAGUGGCAAGCACUGGUCCAAGAGCGUGAUGGACAAGCAGUAUGAGGUGCUGUGUGUCAGCCAGUUCACCCUGCAGUGCGUCCUCAAGGGCAACAAGCCCGACUUCCACCUGGCCAUGCCCACUGAGCAGGCCGAGGGCUUCUACAACAGCUUCCUGGAGCAACUGCGGAAAACCUACCGGCCCGAGCUCAUCAAAGAUGGUAAAUUCGGUGCCUACAUGCAGGUGCAUAUUCAGAACGAUGGGCCUGUGACCAUAGAGCUAGAGUCCCCAGCUCCUGGCGCUGCCACCUCUGACCCUAAGCAGCUAUCGAAGUUGGAGAAGCAACAGCAGAGGAAAGAAAAGACCAGAGCUAAGGGACCCUCGGAAUCCAGCAAAGAACGCACCGCUCCUCGGAAGGAAGACCGUAGUGCCAGCAGUGGGGCAGAGGGUGACGUGUCUUCUGAGCGGGAGCCAUAGCCACAAGAGCUGAGGCCACAGUGCAUUGACAUUGGGCAGAACUGGAUCCUGAAAAACUCAGGAAGCUGAGCACAUACACUGCUUUAAGGAUUUUGGACUGAAACAGGAGAAGACAGAAGUAAGAGUGUAGGAGCCCGAGUAGCCCUGCAGAAGCACCAAAGGACCCUGCAUUUUCCAUAGCUGUUGUGGUCAUAUGGGGCAGCAGUCGCUCCAGGAUGGGGUGUGUGGUUGGGGCUUCCCUGGCUCCCUCAGGAGACUUUCCUGCUUUGCACCAUGUCUUGGCUUGCUUUUGGAGUCAGCCGGCCCAGCAUCAUCCAUCAUCAUAUCCCCUGUGGUGUGCUGUGUGCUCAUGAUAGCUUCCAACACAUUCGCGUGCUGCCCGCGUUCUUCCUACAUGGUUCAUAGCUAGGGCCAGUGGGAGGCAUAAGGAGGGCGGUCUUCAGAAGUCAUGUGUCAUGUGAGACCUUUCAUCUUGUAUAUUUUCUUUUUUCUAAAAAUAAAUAAUAAAACCCUAAAUCUC